AUGGCUCCAAUCGAUGUGGAAAAGACGAUCGAAGAACUCACCUUGGGUGAGAAGAUUGCGCUCACAGCCGGACGCGAUUUUUGGCACACAAACCCCGUUCCUCGUCUGAACAUUCCCUCAUUGCGCACAUCCGACGGCCCGAAUGGAGUCCGUGGUACCCGUUUCUUCAAUGGCGUUCCUGCGGCGUGUUUCCCGUGUGCGACUGCCCUCGGUGCCACGUGGGACGCCGAUCUCCUCGGAGAGAUUGGUCUCUUGAUGGGUGAGGAGGCCAUCGCAAAGGGAACACACGUUAUUCUGGGACCCACCAUCAAUACCCAGCGCUCACCACUCGGCGGUCGUGGAUUCGAGUCAUUCUCCGAGGAUGGUGUGCUCUCAGGAACCUUGGCUGGCUACAUGGUCAAGGGCAUGCAAGAAAAAGGAGUCGCUGCGACAUUGAAGCACUUCGUCUGCAACGAUCAAGAGCAUGAGCGAUUGGCCGUGAACGCCAUCAUCACGGACCGAGCGUUGCGUGAGAUCUACCUGAUGCCCUUUCAGUUGGCCAUGCGCAUCUGUCGUUCGGCAUGUGUGAUGACCGCCUACAACAAAAUUAAUGGCACGCAUGUCAGCGAAAACAAGGCGAUCAUCGACGAUAUUCUGCGAAAGGAAUGGGGAUGGGAAGGUCUCAUCAUGAGUGACUGGUUUGGAACAUAUUCAGUCUCCGAGGCCAUUGAGGCCGGACUUGAUCUCGAGAUGCCCGGCAAAACCCGCUGGCGAGGUGAGGCUCUCUCUCACGCCGUGACUUCGAACAAAGUCGCCGAGUUCAAGUUGGAUGAGCGCGUACGUAACGUGCUCAACCUGGUGAACUGGGUCGAUCCGCUGGGCAUCCCAGAGGGAGCUGAGGAAAAGGCUCUGAACCGCCCUGAGGACCAAGCCUUGAUGCGCCGUGCCGCUGCCGAAUCCGUCGUUCUGCUCAAGAACGAGGAUAACAUUUUGCCACUGAAGAAAGAUGGACCAAUCCUUGUCAUUGGGCCGAACGCAAAGAUUGCCUCGUACUGCGGUGGUGGUUCCGCUUCUUUGGCCCCGUACUACACCGUCAGUCCUUUCGAGGGUGUCACUGCGAAAAGCUCGGGUGAGGUCAAGUACUCCCAGGGUGUGUACUCGCACAAGGAUCUUCCUCUCCUCGGUCCACUGAUGAAGACGGAGGACGGCAAGACUGGUUUCACUUUCAAGGUUUACAACGAGCCGCCCAGCGCAGGCCAAGAACGUACUGCCGUCGACGAAAUUCAUCUUGUCAACUCAUCGGGUUUCUUGGCGGACUAUGUUAACCCCAAACUCAACUCUUUGACCUUCUACGUCGAUAUGGAGGGCUAUUUCACCCCAGAGGAGGACGGCCUUUACGACUUUGGUGUUACUGUCGUCGGCACCGGCCGUCUCUUGGUAGAUGGCGAGGUGGUGGUGGACAAUACCAAAAACCAGAAGCAGGGAUCGGCCUUCUUCGGUACCGCUACCAUUGAAGAGCAAGGCACGAAAGAACUCAAGGCCGGCCAGAAGUACAAGAUCCUCUUUGAGUUCGGUAGUGCUCCCACGUCCGAUCUGGACACUCAUGGUAUCGUUGCCUUUGGCGGUGGUGGCUUCCGAUUUGGCACCAGCCGUCGUGUCGGUCAAGAGGAACUGAUCUCCCAAGCCGUCGAACAGGCCAAGGGGGCGAGCCAGGUAGUCAUCUUCGCUGGGUUGACCAAGGUCAACCCCAAUGCUGUUGUUGUCAUUCAAUCUGGUACUCCUAUCACCAUGCCAUGGGCCAACGAUGCCCGUGCACUUGUUCACGCUUGGUUUGGUGGUAACGAAUGUGGCAACGGAAUCGCCGAUGUUCUGUACGGUGAUGUGAACCCGUCUGGUAAACUUCCACUCACGUUCCCUCGUCGUUUGCAAGACAACCCUUCCUACCUCAACUUCCGCUCUGAGCGCGGUCGAACCCUGUACGGAGAGGAUAUCUACGUUGGAUACCGCUAUUUUGAAAAGUCCGACGUUGCGCCCGCGUUCGCCUUCGGCCACGGUCUGUCCUACACUUCCUUCAGCCGAUCCGGCCUGAAGCUUGAUACAGUCCCCGAGCAAUCUAAAUACACCGAAUCGGGAGAGCCCGUAACUGCCACAGUCACGGUCACCAAUACCGGUUCGGUUGCCGGUGCUGAAGUCGUGCAGUUGUGGAUCGUACCUCCGAAGACCGAGGUCAACCGACCGGUUCGUGAACUUAAGGCCUUCAAGAAGGUCUUCCUUCAACCCGGCGAGACCCAGACUGUCGAAUUGACCGUGGAGAAGAAGCUUGCGACUAGCUGGUGGGAUGAGCAGCGAAGCCAAUGGGUCUCCGAGAAGGGCAAGUACCAGGUCUCUAUCACCGGUACUGGACCGGAAGAGCUCAACGCCGAGUUCGAGGUUGGCAAGACAAGAUUCUGGCUCGGCCUGUAA